AUGUGGUGCAGGUAGAAAUGAUUUCCCCGCGGUAGAUUUAUUUGACAUUACAGGUGGAUAAAGGACGAUGUAAUGUUUCAGUCGCUUUCAGAGGGAAAAUGGACUUUAGUUUUCUUCGUUGUCUCCUUUUUGUCGUCCUGACGGCCUGGACUUUAGGAGACGAUGCACAGGUGACGUUUGUGUCUGAGCUCUCGUCCAAGCCAGCUCAGAAGCUGUCAAAGUAUGGCUGGUACGGCAACGUGAGGCUGCAGAGGUUUCAUAUACCGGAGGAAACGGCCAUCGCUCGAUGGCUGUUCUCUGUCACCAAAGGCCACAACUUCUACUGUGGGCAACACAACGUCACCAUCCAUAUACGAUGGGGUGCCCCUCCAGUUAUAAACCCCACAGGUUCUGUGUUUCCUAACGCAACGCUGUGGAGUCCUGGUCUGUCUUUGAUCCUGCCUGUGAUAUCGCAUAGCUCCACGACCUUUAACCUCUCCAGUCCUGCUCCAGGUCAUUGGUACAUUGCUGCCCAUUUACCUGAAGAUGAUGGGCGCAUUGAGCAGAAGGGCUUUCCAUCGUGUUCCUACUUCUUCCAGCCUCAGUUGUCAAUCCGGAGGGCCGUGGACACACCCAUUUUACAGCAGGGCACACUCCUUCAGCAAACUGCAGGCCCAGACAAACCUGCACGCCUUAAGUUGUAUGUUCCAGAGUUUGCCUCCUCUCUCUCCGUCUCUGUGGCUGACUGCUCCUCCUCAGAGGAUGGAGCAGACGACAGAAACUGCUCCCUCGUCCUCAGGCUCGGCUCCUCUUCUCCUCUGCAUAGCCCAGUCACAGUGAACUGCUCAGGGAUCAGCUGCUCUGCUGUGCUUUCAAACCCUCCAUGGGACACUUGGUUACGAGUUGUCGUGGAGAGCAACCAGGACAACCGCACUGUGACCUUUAACAUUGUCUCAGACUGCACAGUGGGAUGUAAGCCAAAAAGUGUCGGCCUCACAGCAGACGAUAACAUCAGCAAGCUCCGUGGCAACAGCAGCUAUAGCAACUCAACAUCAGCAGGGAACAGCUCACUAGACACAGACCCAGACGGUUUUGGUAACAAAUCAAUAGCUCUAUUGACACCAUUGUUGCCCUCAGCCUGUGUGUGGAGCUUCCCCGUGCUGUACGAGGAGGUGGACAUCCUGUCGCUACGAUACACACCUGUCAACGGACCAAACGUUAGCGUGUCGAACACACACCCCUCUCUGCUCAUGUACCCGCUGCAUGCACAGGCCACUGGUGGGACACUGAACCUACAGCUCACACUCAACACUACUAAUGUGACUCUGGGUAACAGCAGCAGCGUGGUGGCUUGUCUCUCUCCCUGGGCUCCAGUCCUUGAACUCAACAAUUCUCAGCCCUGUCGCACAGCUUUGUAUGGAGGAUACGGUGUCGGUGUAAAUGUCAGUGUUCCUAAAACUGUGAUCAGGCUGCCUUUCCCUCAAUCAGCAACCUGGUACCUCACCCUGCAGCUCACAUGCAACAGCAGUGACUGUGGGAACACGUCAGUGGUGUCUGUGGUCCCUGAGGUGUCUGUCAGUGCCUGUGUGGAGGACUGUGGGAUGUACGGUGAAUGUCGACUGCUGCGCUCCUACAGUUACCUGUACGCCGCCUGUGUCUGCAAGGCUGGCAGGAGCGGUUGGGGCUGCACUGAUGAUUCAGCAGCUCAGUCGUACCUACGGCAGGUGACGGCGACUCUUCUACUCACACUCAGUAACCUCUCCUUCCUGCCCGCCAUCGUGGUAGCCGUCAGACGGUGGUACAUCACUGAGGCGUCCGUCUACCUCUUCACUAUGUUCUUCUCCACGUUCUACCAUGCCUGUGACCAGCCAGGUGUAGCUGUGAUGUGUAUAAUGGACUACGAUACCCUGCAGUACUGUGACUUCCUGGGGUCCGUCUGUUCCAUCUGGGUCACCAUCCUGUGCAUGGCUCGCAUAAAAGACACAUUCAAAUAUACUCUGUUCAUGCUCGGGGCUCUGCUGAUCGCCAUGUCGAUGCAGCUGGAUCGUAAAGGACUGUGGAACCUGCUGGGUCCAGUCCUCUGUGCCAUCAUGUUUAUGGUCUCUGCCUGGGUGUACCGAGGUGUGCAACGGCGGCACUGUUACCCUCCUUCCUGGCAGCGCUGGGUCCUCUUCCUGAUCCCCGGGGCUCUCUGUGCUCUUAUUGGUGUAUGUUUGUACAUUUUUGCCGAGACUGAGGACAACUACUAUUACACACACUCUCUGUGGCACAUCCUGGUGGCGACCUGCGUGGUGUUCCUGCUGCCGCCAAAGGAGAAGAACAGGGAGGCGUUUGGAUGGAGCAGAGGCUGGAGCUGGACGUGGAGCUGGAGCUGGAGACCCCGGGUCUGUGGGUACACGCUCUGUGAGAGCAACAAGGAUGAACUUUACACUGUCACAUAGGAGAAGAAGGGAGGCUGUGAGGAAGCAGAGUGAGCAGACCUUGAUUGUUAUAAAGCUUGAAGACAUUCACAGUACAGAAAAAGACAAACAUGGGGUGUCUGCACAGGGUUGAGAAUAUCUUCAAAUAUGUCUUCUUUUAGAUCAAAUAUACACCUAUAUCCUCUGUGGUUCUACCUUUAUCAUAAAGGUUUAAACCUUAGAAUGAAAAAGAUAUAAUAAUAUUGAAAUAGCUGUAAAAAUCGGUUUGCAGACAUCCUUUCAAACACAGAAAUGCCCAAAUCAAACCUGCUGAAACCUCUAAGGUGGUCUGUUGCACCUGUUUUGGAAAGAAAAACCACCUUUUACCUCAUGACCAAGAGUUUGUACAUAACUGCAUCUGUAAAUAUUUUACCAGAAUAGUGAGAACAUGUAUAAAAAUAUUCAUAGGGAAUAUUAAGCACUUUGUGUAACACUUUUGAAUCUUUAUAUUCAGCCUAUACUCAGUCUUAUAUACCAGUGAUUCUCAAUCUUUCUGAUUCACAACACCCAAGAAUAAUAUCAUUGGUGUUUGCAACCCUGUCCUCACUGCUGAAGCAGAGAGAUUUCUCUGCCUUCUUCCUUUUAGUGGUUGUAAAUACAACUAUUGACCCUAUUUCUUCUCCUUUUCCUGUUGUAAUUGACAGACGGAAAAUAAAUGACCACUAAGGGAAGUGCCGGUCACAAGAGAGAGGGAAUCCCAAGAUGGUUUGAGUGAGUCAUCAUGCAGCUGCCAGUUUGAAAUAGCUUUCAAAGAAUACUGAUAUGUCCUUUAAAAGUGUGUUUUAUUUCUCAGCAAUUACAUGGUGACCCUCAGAAGUUAUUGCACAACCCCAAUGGGGUCAGGACCCCAGGUUGAGAAUCACUGUUCUGUAUCAUAUUUAUGGUAGGUGUUCCUUACUCUUGUGCCCUUGAUUUUUUUUCCUCAAGCCUUUUAAAAAGAGUUAUUUUUAAACUUGGUUUAUUUCUGUAAUCAUUUCAACAACCUUUAAAUUACAGCAAAAAGUCAGACUCUGCUUUCUUGCCUUUAUCUGAUACUUUCAAUCAUAUAAUGCGGCCUUCAUCAUCAUCAUUAUCAUCAUCAUCAGAGGAACCUUUAAACUUUGUUGUCUUCAAAUUGUAGAGUAUAGUGCCGAACAUCUAAGGAAAUCAAUGAAAAACAUUAUUAGAAAUUAUUUAAAAACUGUUCGUUUUUCUAAAUGCCUUCCCAUUAUAUUCAUCUGGUGGUUCAUAUAUGUAAAGAGGAGAUUAUCAACCAAUGGCCAGCUGUAUUUAAACUUUAUUUUUUGGUGUAUAGGGUGCCUCUUGUUCAGCAUCUUGGUACACUGGACUUUUUAGGUUUUGCUCAUGUAUAGAUUUACAAAAAGGCUUGUCCUCUUCAUCCAUUAAACCUUAUCACCUCUUACCUUUUUCCAAUAUUUAUACUGACGCACUUUUAUAAUAAAAAAUCUGAUUCACUAUGUAAUGUACAUAGCCCACAUGAGCGUGAAUGUGCACUUUAUGAAUGUAUAAUAUUCAGAUUACUGUGUCUAGUGCCUCCUCCUUCUGUCUGUGUGUUUGGGCUGUUCAUCUUUACUGGUCUCACCAUUAGAUUACGAUCAUACUGUCAAUUAUUUGAUUCAGUCUCAUGUUGCUUUACGAUGGGCUGCAUCCUCAUUUUUUUUCUCAGUGCGCCUGGAUAUGUUUUUAUCAAUGAAGACAGGCAGUUAGAUAAAUGUGACCUCCCUUUUUUAUCACAAAGAAAAUGCUUUAGGAAUAUAUGUGAACAUGGAUGUCUUUAUGUUGUGACUCAAAAUAAAUCACUUAUAUAGGACCAGCUGUGUCCAGAACAUCCAUGAGCUGCAUCAGUUUGUAAUAAUCAGUAAUGUUCUGUCAUUGCAUCGAUGCAUAAUUGUCCACUUCUGCAUAGCAGUGGAUCGUAAAAAUUACGCUCACUGACUCUCAAUAUGUACUGUAUGAUUAUUUGUUUUGUGUUGUAUUAUAUUUACUUUAUUUAAUUUUAUUUAGUGAAAUAUGCUGCCUAUUAUUAUUUAGUGUCCCCUCAUAAAUCAGAUUUUCAUUCUUUGUGAUUUUGCACUGGAUCAAGUUGAACAACUAUGUCUCACUUACACAGCCUUUCUUUGUUGUGUAUUCUGUUUUCCCUGUGUUAAGUGUGAAUAAUUUAAUUUUGUUGUUAAAUUUUGUUUUGACCACUACAACAUAUACAGCAGACUGUAGAGUUCAAUACAUAGAGAAAUGUAUUACUUGUUGUAAAAUGGGAUUUUACUUCUUGUACUGGUCGGACACUUUUUAAUCUCUGAAAAAACCCAAACGGCAUUUAGU